AUGUGUCAAGUCAAGGGAACCGCCUUCAUCACUGGAGCUGCCUCGGGUAUCGGGAGAGCCACGGCGCAUACCCUGGCCAAAAACGGCAUCACCGGCUUAGCACUCUUCGAUACGAACCAUGAGCUUCUGCUCGAAGUCCACCGGGAGUUACUGUCGCAGUAUCCAGAGGUCGACAUUACCAUUGCUGAGCUCGAUGUCCGAGAUGAGACGAGUGUCAACCAAGCCAUAGACAGCGCGGCAGAACGCUUCGGCCGGAUUGAUAUUGGGGUGAACGCCGCGGGGAUCAGUGGUGCAGCUACUCGUUCACAUGAACUGGCCCUGUCGGACUGGCAGAAGGUGAUCGAUGUGAACCAGAAAGGGCUGUGGCUCUGCCAGCGGGCCUUUAUUCGGCAGAUGCUGAAACAGGAACCUCGUGGUGUUCGCGAAGGACGAGGCGUGAUUGUCAAUGUCGCGGCGAAAUUCGGUGUUGCUGCUCCUCCAAGGGAGUUUAGUGUUGUUGCUUAUACCGCGUCGAAACAUGCCGUCGUGGGGAUCACCCGGGUGGACUCCAAAGCAUACGCCAAGGAUGGGAUCCGGAUCAAUGCCGUGUGUCCCGGAUACGUGGACACCCCGAUGACUCAUGAGGCCAUCCAGGCCGGCAUCAUCGGCGAGCAGGCCAAGUCGAUUUCCAUGGGCCGAUUUGGCAUGGUCGAGGAGAUUGCCGAUUCCAUUCUCUUUCUUGCCUCCCCGAUGAGCAGCUACAUGUGUGGAGAAACGUUGGUGGUGGACGGGGGGCUCGCAAUUUAG